AUGAAGACGAAGACGAAUACGAAUACGAAGACUAAGACUAAGACUAAGACUAAGACUAAGACUAAGACUAAGACUAAGACUAAGACUAAGACUAAGACUAAGACUAAGACUAAGACUAAGACUAAGACUAAGACUAAGACUAAGACUAAGACUAAGACUAAGACUAAGACUAAGACAAAGACUAAGACUAAGACUAAGACUAAGACUAAGACUAAGACUAAGACUAAGACUAAGACUAAGACUAAGACUAAGACUAAGACUAAGACUAAACCUAAGACUAAGACUAAGACUAAGACUAAGACUAAGACUAAGACUAAGACUAAGACUAAGACUAAGACUAAGACUAAGACUAAGACUAAGACUAAGACUAAGACUAAGACUAAGACUAAGACUAAGACUACGACGAAGAUGAAGACGAAAACGAAGACAGAGACGAAGACAAAGACGAAGACGAGCACGAACACGAAGACGAAAACGAUGGCUAAGGCUAAGACAAAGACGAAGACAAAGACGGAGACGAACACGAAGACGAAGACGAAAACGAAGACUAAGAAUAAGCCUAUGACGAAGACGGAGACGGAGACGGAGACGAAGACGAAGACGAAGACGAGGACGAAGACGAAUACGAUGGCUAAGGCUAAGACAAAGACGAAGGCAAAGACGAAGACGAGGAUGAAAACGAAGACGAAGACGAAAAAGAUGAUUCCAAAGGCAUAUUAA